UCGCGCUCGUCCCCCUCCCCGGGCCGCGGGUGUCCCCGUGACGAGGCAGCGCGGAGCCGCCGCGGGCCGGGCCCAUCCCGCCGCAGCGGCCCCGGGGCCGAGCAGGGGCGAGGCGCGGAAGGAGCGGCGCCGAGCGGGGCCCGGGGCGAGGCCAGGAUGGUGCUGGAAGGAAACCCUGAAGUGGGGUCCCCCAGAACCUCAGACCUCCGGCGCCCUGGAAACCAGGGCUCUUGCGUCCUCUCUCCUCCUGGUGAAGAUGCGCAGCCAGGCGAGGAGCCCAUCAAGUAUGGUGAACUCAUCGUCCUGGGAUGCUGUGAGGAAGGAGGUGAGGAAACCAAGGCUCAGAGAGGGGAAGUGACUGGCCCAAGGGCACACAGCUGCUACAAUGGGUGUCUGGCAAGUGGGGACAAGGGCCGCCGGCGAAGCCGCCUGGCACUGAGCCGCCGGCCGCAUGCUAAUGGAGUGAAGCCAGACGUCAUGCACCACAUCUCCACACCGCUCGUCUCCAAGGCGCUGAGUAAUCGUGGCCAGCACAGCAUCUCGUACACACUGUCCCGGAGCCACUCGGUCAUAGUCGAGUACACACAUGACAGUGACACAGACAUGUUCCAGAUCGGCCGCUCCACAGAAAACAUGAUCGACUUUGUGGUAACAGACACGUCCCCUGGAGGAGGGGCUGCUGAGGGGCCGUCUGCCCAGAGCACCAUCUCCCGCUACGCCUGCCGCAUCCUCUGUGACCGCCGGCCGCCCUAUACCGCCCGCAUCUAUGCCGCUGGCUUCGAUGCCUCCAGCAACAUCUUCCUUGGAGAGCGGGCGGCCAAAUGGCGGACCCCCGACGGCCUGAUGGACGGCUUAACCACCAAUGGGGUCCUGGUGAUGCACCCAGCAGGCGGCUUCUCUGAGGACUCAGCCCCGGGUGUCUGGCGGGAGAUCUCUGUCUGUGGGAACGUGUAUACUCUGAGGGACAGCCGCUCGGCACAGCAGCGGGGGAAGCUGGUGGAAAAUGAGUCCAACGUGCUGCAGGAUGGCUCCCUCAUCGACCUGUGUGGGGCCACGCUACUGUGGCGCACACCGGCGGGGCUGCUGCGGGCACCCACGCUGAAGCAGCUGGAGGCCCAGCGGCAGGAGGCGAACGCGGCGCGGCCCCAGUGUCCCGUGGGCCUCAGCACUCUGGCCUUCCCCAGUCCAGCCCGUGGCCGUACGGCCCCCGACAAGCAGCAGCCCUGGGUCUACGUCCGUUGCGGCCACGUCCACGGCUACCACGGCUGGGGCUGCCGGCGAGAACGGGGCCCCCAGGAGCGCGAAUGUCCUCUCUGCCGCCUCGUGGGGCCCUAUGUGCCCCUGUGGCUCGGCCAGGAGGCUGGCCUCUGCCUGGACCCUGGGCCACCCAGCCAUGCCUUUGCGCCCUGUGGCCAUGUCUGCUCUGAGAAGACUGCCCGCUACUGGGCCCAGACACCACUGCCCCAUGGCACCCACGCUUUCCAUGCUGCCUGCCCCUUUUGUGGGGCCUGGCUCACUGGCGAGCAUGGCUGCGUCCGCCUCAUUUUCCAGGGGCCACUGGACUAGACUACCUGUGGUCUUCUGCUGCUGUGUCCGCCUGCCCACCCAGGUCCCCCACCUCCUGCAGCCCAGAGGGAGCUCUGCAUGUGGGACUCUGUCUGCUGGCACAUAGCCACACCAGAUGGACGCGUUGGAUGGGCUGUGCCCCUCCCCUCUUAACUCUGGCCCCUAACGGGGUCCCCGAGACCCCUACCCCAGUCAGAAUGACGGGGCCCUCAGCACCAGCUCCGUCGCGGGCUGAUGGAGGGAAGCCCACCUCUACGCCCCAGCCCUUCCUGGGGCAUCCCACAUCAUGCCGCCUACACUGUGCCCCUGGGGGAGUGAAGGGGCCGUGGGCCCCUGACCCCCAGCUUAGGCUGGCUGCGCCCUGAGCCUGCCGACCCAGUUCCGGAUAUUCACCUUGCUGCUGCCCUGGGUUCCUCUAUAAACCUUGCUGUUCAGCUGCCCUCACAAAUCCCACGUGUCCCGCAUGCGUGCAGUGCCUCCGGCCCCCAUGCGAGUGAUGGGUGGGUGGCAGGCUGGGGCUGGCAUCUGCUGAUUCCCACUGUGGGCUGGAUUCCAUGCCAAGGUUCUCUGGGGACACAGAGACAAUCAGACCUGGUUCCCUGUCCAGUGAAGUUCACAGUCUAAUGGACAACAGUCCAAAUUGCUGAAUGACAGCACGACUUCCUGUGUGCCAGGAUCAGAGAAUUAUCAGCGGCUGUGGAGCAGGUGUCUCUGGCGGGUGGAAAAGGGAGGGAGGCUUUGCCGAGGAGGCACAUAGGAGCUCAGCCUCCAUGGCUGCGUGGGAAUCCCCUGCAGGAAGGAUCCACAGGCAGGGGGGGUUGCUCUGGCCAGAAGGGAGGCCAAGCACAGGCUCAGGUUAAGUAAGCAGGGAGCUGAGUGAGGGGUUCAGAGUGGCUGGAACAGGGCUGCGGGGGGACAGAAAGGAGGCUGGAACAAGAGGUUAGGACCGUGCUGACAGGGAAGAUGCUGGAUGGAGGAUUUAGAACCUCACUUGUGCACAGUCAGGAGUUGAGGGAGGAGAGAGGACUCAUGGAUCCAGAGCAUUGGCUGUGACAGAAGGUCUACCAUGACUGUGCGACACAAGGCCCACUGUGUGCCCUGCACUGUGCUAAUGAGAAUAAUAACUACGUUCAUUGAGCACUCACCAGGCACCAGGCUCUGCUUCUUGGAGAUUUUAUUUAAUCCUCACAGUAACCCAGGGGGGGAGGUGUCAGCCUUUCUGUGCACGGGGAGAUUAAGGCACAUGCUCCAAGUCACAGAGUUAGAGAGUGACCAAGCCAGAUUCAAAUCCACGGCUGCCAGUCUGGCCUCAGAGCCUGCCCUCUUCUCCAUGACGC